UUCUCACGGAUGAGUUUUUCUCAGUUCCAGUUAAGUGGUUGCAUGCGUGUUACUGCCUUAGCCAUUCAUCCAUUCAAAUUUUGGGUUUAGGUUUGUUGCAGAUUUAUACCUGGAUUUGUUCAUAAUUUUCCAGACGAUAAAUGAAGAGCAUGGAGCAGUUUCUUAUCAUUGUUCUAUUAGCAGGAGGAACACUCGCUCUCAUUCCAGUUGAUGAGACUACUUGCGACCUCAGGACGAACACAUUUCCAUGCUCUCCUAUUCUUGAAGGAACUGUGUAUAUCCAAGUGAUGAAUGAUGUUAGUGGCCAUGAAAUGAAGUGUUUGAAGGUGCUUCCCAGGGGAAACAUAACUGUGUUCAAUCUGAAGAAAGGAAAAAUAAUGACGGACAAGGAAUUUAGCAACAGACUAACGUUUCUAAUCCAGAACGGGACGCUCAAGAUCACAAACCUGAGGAGGAAUGAUUCAGGUCAAUACAGCAUUGAGGUCUUUAAUUCAGAUGGAGUUCAAGAGAAAAACAUUCUUUUCACCCUGGAUGUUAAAGACAACGGCAAAGUUGAAGCUCUGGUUCCAGUUGAUGAGACUACAUGUGACCUCAGGACAAACACAUGCCCAUGCUCUCCUCUUCUUAAAGGAACUGUGUAUAUCCAAGUGAUGACUGAUGCUAGUGGCCAUGAAAUGAAGUGUUUGAAGGUGCUUCCCAAGGGAAACACAACUGUUUUCAAUCUGAAGAAAGAAAAAAUAACGAAAGACAAGGAAUUUAACAACAGACUACAGUUUCUAAUCAAGAACGGGACACUCAAGAUCACAAACCUGAGGAGGAAUGAUUCAGGUCGAUACAGCAUUGAGGUCUUUAAUUCCAAUGGAGUCCUAGAGAAAAAUAUUCUUUUCACCCUGGAUGUUAAAGACAAUGGCAACGUUGAAGCUCUCGUUACAGGUGAUGAGACCACUUGUGAUCUCCGGACAAACACAUGUCCAUGCUCUCCUAUUCUUGAAGGAACUGUGUAUAUCCAAGUGAUGAAUGAUGUUAGUGGCCGUGAAAUGAAGUGUUUGAAGGUGCUUCCCAGGGGAAACAUAACUGUGUUCAAUCUGAAGAAAGGAAAAAUAAUGAUAGACAAGGAAUUUAGCAACAGAAUAACGUUUAUAAUCAAGAAUGGGACAUUCAAGAUCACAAACGUGAAGAGGAAUGAUUCAGGUCAAUACAGCAUUGAGGUCUUUAAUUCAAAUGGAGUUCAAGAGAAAAACAUUCAUUUCACCCUGGAUGUUAAGGACAGUGGCAAAGUUGAAGCUCCUGUGUCCUCUGUCCUGCUGGUCUCUGAGUGUCUGUCCCAGGGAGAGAUGAGGGUGUCCUGCUCCUCUGAGGGAGGGGACAGUCCUCAGUACAGCUGGACUCUGGAUGGACGCACACUGACAGAUGCUGAGCUCCUUCCUGGAAACAAUGAGACUAACAUCAUCACUCUGAAACAGCACGUCUCAGGACGUCUGGUCUGCUCUGUCAGGAACAACGUCAGUGAUGCCUUCAAAGAAGAGAUGAUAUCUACCUGUGGCUUUGUUUUCAUCAGCUGCUCAUUAUUUAAUGGGACACAGAUGUCAGGGUGGGUGCAUAAGUCCAGUAAUACCCUUUGUCCAGAACCAACAGGAGACCCUACCACAGCCACACAGACUGCAGUAGGUACUUCCUGGUUCAUGUUUGGUUUGAAAGCCACUGUGGUAAUUAUAUCAUUAAGUGGGAUUUCGCUCUAUUUCGCUUGGAAGAAAAAAACAAUCUUGGAAGGCUCUGCUGUCCCACAAAGGAUGGAAUCUCCAGAUAACUCUGUUUUGAUGAUUGCAUUGAAUUCUCACUCCAACACAUAGUGCCACCUUUCACCUGUUGUACAUUUCUCAUGUGUCCUUAUAGGCUUGUAAAUAAGGAUUAGUGGUCGUUUUUUCAUUCCACAUUUUAUUCACAGCUUAGUAUAUUUUUAGUAUAUGUCAAUAUGUUUUUUGUGUUUUUAUUAUUCAAGAACAGCAAUCCAGCAAAAUAUAAUAGAAGUGGAAAAUCAGAGAAAGAUCUUUGUCUCCUUCUUUCAUGUAUUGUUUAUUUUGCAAUUGUAUUUCAUCUGUCUACUUGAAAUAUAUUCCAAAAAGACAUUAAGCACAUAUGUUAGUAUUUUUUGUCACAGUGGCUGUGUGGGUGGCAGAGAUUGGACACAAAUCCGACUUUUUUGACCCUAUGCGACCUAUAUCCGAUCAUGGUAUGACAGUGUGAACAGCACAAAUCUGAUAUUUUCAAAUCCGACCUGGGUCACUUUUGUAUGUGGUACUGAGUCCGAUACAUAUCUGAUGUUUUAGAAAGCGACUGCUGUUUGAAUGGUCAUGUCGCAUUAAAUCCGUCUUUUACGUCACUAACACAAGACAGACACCAAUUAUCAGCACCAGAGAAGACAAACGAGAAAGCAUGGCGGCGGAAACUGGAGAUGGAGGGAGUCAAUGGACAGAAACUGAGGUUUUGGACUUGAUUAGCAUAUGGGGAGACAAUUCUGUUCAAGCUAAAUUUGAAGGGUCGUAUCGUAACUGGGCUGUGUUCGGGUGCAUUGCCAAAGAAAUGGUUGAACGAGCGCACAGGCCAGCGUGGCCACAGUGUCAGAGGAAAGUGAAGAGCCUCAGAGCCAAGUUUAAAGAAGCUAAAGAUAUAAACAAAUGUGGUUGGACGUGGUCGACCACAUUUUGUUCUUUCUCAAAAGUAUAUGUGAAGAUCAUUCUAAACUACAGAUGUGUGUGAAAGUGUACUAUAGGGAAGGGUCAGAAUAUAAGCAAGAAGAAAAAUACAGAGGCUCGUGGUAAAAGCUGCAUCUGAGCUUGUGGUUUGUGUAGUGACCCUUACUGCUGUUUCAUUUCUUUGUGGUUACAAUGACAAUCUUUUCUUUUAUGUUGAAACCUAACCUCAACAAAUAGAACUUUAAAAGUCACUGAGCAACACAACAAUCACUAAUGUCUGUAAAUGUGUUUUGAGCACGAAGGCUCAGAUGUAUCAAAUAAAAUAUUUAUAGCUUAAUUAUA